AUGCAUUUGUCUAUACUUGCUAUAAUAUUUGCUAUAAGCGCACCCAUAGUCAGUGGUAACGGACAGAUUCAACCAGGUUUAGGAUGUGUGUGUAUGGGAAGAGCCUCUAAAGGACAGGACCAAGCAAAUAGAGAUCGAACUCAGAUUACUUGUGAUCAUUAUGGAGGAUUGGUGGUCGAAACGGCUAAUUUCUAUAACCGAGGCAAAUUCUAUUGCGCUGUACCAAAUAGUGUUACUCCAGCUAUUUGGGAUCAACAAUGGUGCCGUAAGUAUUGGGGUGCUACUUAUGGAUAUUGUAACGAAAGAACUGCGCCAGAAUAA